AUGAUGAAAUGCGAUUACUGCCGCGGAUCCCACCAAGGCGGAGAACCAAAAGUAAGUACUAACCUAACCAGCACUCCGUUUUUGGGAGGCCAUGAUUGGUUCGUUCAUCGGAGUUUCAAUCGAUACUUACAAUAUUCUUUUCAACUAACUAACCCAUUAUCACAUCCCACUAUAUACCAAUUCCCUGAUUCCUUCCAAUCCACCAAGAAAGAAAGAAAACAGAAGACGGAAAUAGUGACAAUAAAAGGGACAAAAAUGCUCCCCACCCCCUGCACCUCCCACGUCUCCUUCGACACCAUCUACGAACCCUCCGAAGACUCCUACCUCUUCCUCGACACCCUCUCCUCUUCCAGCGAAUCCGCCUGGCUCACGAACCACUUCUCCCCAUCAACAUCGUCGCCCUCCCCGCUCCUCCUCGAAGUCGGUACCGGCUCCGGCGUCGUCCUCGCCUUCCUCACCGCAAACUCCCACCAUAUCCUUGGCCGCACUGAUGUCCUUGCCCUCGGUACGGACGUUAACCGCAAUGCAUGUCUUGCGACGAGACAGACGGUUUUGAAGGCGAUUGAGGAGCAGCAACAACAAUCCCAGAAUACCCAAUCAACAUCUACAGAUGAUUCUAAACCCUCUCAAAUCAAAUCCCUCAUCUCCUCAACACUUACCUCCGAUCUCGCCUCGCCGAUUCGUCCUCACUCGAUCGAUAUCCUGCUGUUUAAUCCGCCGUAUGUGCCGACGCCGGAGUUACCGCGGUUACCUAGUAAGGAGGAUAAUGAUGCAGGAGAUAAGGAAGGGGGCAUGUCGAGGAGUGAGAAGUUCGAGAGAGAGUCGUAUUUUCUCUCGUUGACGUAUGCGGGAGGUAAAGAUGGGAUGGAGAUCACGGAGAGGUUGUUGGCGGAUAUUCCGAGGGUGUUGAGUCAGAGGGGCGUGGCGUAUGUGUUGCUUUGUGCGCAGAAUCGGCCGAGGGAGGUGGUGGAGAGGAUCAUGGGCUGGGAUGGGGAUUUGGAGGGAGGGAAGUGGUGUGCUGAGUUGGUUGGGAGUAGUGGGGUGCAGGCGGGGUGGGAGAAGUUGGUUAUUGUGAGGGUUUGGAGGGAGUUCACUUCUGCUUCCUCUUCUUAG